AUGGCUGUGCUGUAUGAAUCCGCCGAGCUGACCAUUAUUGCUGCGGCCGGCGAUGGAGCUGACUACGGUCUCCCUGGCGUUCCAUCCCGACAUCGGCUGGAACAACGUUGUAUCCAAGUUGGCGGACAUGACUAUAUUGUCUUCGACACGCCACUGAACUCGGCUCUCCAGGACUCUAGGUAUAUCACGCGAGGAUGGACCUAUCAAGAGGAGGCAUCGUCAGUCCGACUCCGACGGCUGUACUUUACUGAUCAUCAGAUAUAUUUUGAGUGUCGGGAGUCCCAUUCGUGUGAAAUCGUCGUCGCCGCAGACAGGCUGCUGCGUUUCAUGAAGGAACGCGGAAACAGGGUCUCGAAAGUCGACCCAACCGAUAUCGACAAGGGCAACGCUGCGUGGCACCACAUAGGAGCAGUUUUCGAAAGGACUCUGACAGAUGAAUCAGACGACCUCGGACAUCAGACCUCAAAACUGCUUCUGUGGUCAUCGGACAUUAAGAACUUCUUAGUGAAGAUGAUAGCCCACAUCGAGGGACACACAGAUGCACGCACAGACAGACGGACAGGGAAAGCAGUGUAG